AUGGCGACCUGGACUCCCAAGAUCAUGUCACCGGACAAGCUAUCUGCUAAGGAAUUCAAGCAUCUGCUUUCGGAAUACAAACCUCUCAUCGAAUCCAUUUCAUCCACCAAAGGCGCCAAGCCUGGCCAAAAGACCCUGGAAGAACUGGACCAUUUCCGAUUUGUCGAGGCCCCGACACAGUUUUCUGAGUUUGAGCCGAAGCGGGUAAUGAACCACGAUGACGUGAAACUCUUAGUGGAAUGGAAGCUCCGCCAUGGGACAUUCCGUCCAACGCUGAUGAAAUUGGUGUCAUCCAACGAUUCUUCAGCUGUUGCGGAGACUAUUCAGAACGCCGUUGCGAGCUACCACAACACACGUGACCUUCCAGCGGCUUUGGGCAUUCUGACCAAGUUGAAGGGCAUCGGUCCCGCAACAGCCUCGCUUCUUCUUGCGGUACACUUUUGUGAGAAAGUCAUGUUCUUCUCCGACGAGUGGUACUACUGGCUGUGCAACAAGAACCAAAAAACAUCACUCAAGUACAACAUGAAGGAAUACGAGUCUCUCAACGUGGAAGUAGAAAAGCUCACGAAAAGACUAAACGUGUCCGCCUUAGACGUGGAAAAAGUAGCAUACGUCAUCUUCAAACAGGAAGGCAUUGAUCCCAAGCUGGCGCUCAAACGUAGCCUGCCAAAGGUUGCAAAGACGGACGCGACGAAGACAGAGGCGGCAGUACCAACAAAAAGAAAGAAGAGCUCCGAAGAUGUAGUUGAGGACAAGAUCCCGUCAACUCUCCCAUUGGCCUUAUAUCCAGUAACGAUGUUCAAUGAGUCGGCGGCGGGGCCCGAUGCCAUCGCUCUAGGAACAUGCCCCAACUCGUCCAUACCACGAACACACGACACAACACGGAGCUUCUGCAAGUACCACCCGGUACGUUGCAGCUAUUUGCACAGCGGGAUGGAGGACGACAUGUUCCAAAACGAAUAUGGGCAAGGCGAUGACACGUCGCCACUGCCGGACCUGGAUGUCUCGUCCAUUCCAGACGAUCUGCUUUCUCAGUUUCUCUCACCUUUUGAUACCCCCAGUCUGCUGUGGUCACAGUCAUUUCCCAUAGCUCUGGACAAUCACCCGCGAGGCUUUAUGCGUGCCGACGAAAUCUUCACCGAGAAUGGCGGGCCCAUCCCGCUACCACCGAGAUUUGCUCAGAUUAAACGGAGCCUCGUCGCCGGCAAAGAGCACGCCAUAGUACAAUCAUGGGAACGCCUGUUAGUCGCUCUCCGAGCCGAAAUUGCCGUUAUCGGUGUUAGGAAGUCAGACAUCAUUCCGAUCAUUGACUUCUCGGAGCUCCAAAACCAUGCCAGCGUGUCCGAGUUUACCGCCAAGCUCCGGCGCCGAGGUGGUGCCAUCAUCCGCAACGUCGUACCGGCCUCCGAGGCUCAUGCUUGGCGGGAAGAGACGGAGGCGUAUCUAUUGGAGAACCCGCACACUAAGGGCUGGCCGACGCGCGAUCCGCACUUGUUCGGCAUCUACUGGUCCCCGUCACAGAUCAAGGGCCGAGCCCAUCCCAACGUCUUAGCCGCUCAGCGGUUCUUGAUGAAGCUAUGGCGCUCUCGAGAUCCCAGUGCUCCUGUGGUGGCCGACCUGCCAGUGGCAUACGCCGAUCGUCUACGAAUCCGAACUCCAGGUGAUGAGGCCUGGCAUCUGAAUGCCCAUGUAGACGGCGGCAGUGUCGAGCGUUGGGAGAGUGAUGGUUACGGGAACGCCGGCACGUAUCAGCGCAUAUGGGACGGCAACUGGGAAGACUAUGACCCCUGGGACAGCAGCACGAGGCUCAGAGUCACUUCAGACCUCUACAACGGCGCGGGCUCGUGUAGCAUGUUUCGCAUGUUCCAAGGCUGGCUUUCCAUGUCCGACAUCAACCCAGCUGACGGCACCCUCCUGCUCUGCCCCAUGCUCCAGCUCGCCACCGCCUACUUCCUCUUACGCCCCUUCUUCUCACCGCGCAACCCCUCACCGACGUCCCCCAACUUCCUCGCACGCGAGAACUGGGCGUUGGACUUUGCCCAAACGAGCAUUAUCCAAGGCGCCGUACCAUCUUACACACAAGAGCUCAACUCGGCGCUCCACCCCCAUCUCCAGCUCGACAAGUCCCUCGUGCGUAUCCCGCCCGUGCGGCCGGGCGACUAUGUGGUAUGGCACCCGGACAUGGUAUAUGGUGUCGACAGGGUGCCGACGUCGUCCGCGCCCGCGACCAUCAUGUACAUCCCGGCCUGUCCCCUGACGCAGACCAAUGCGCUGUACCUCGCCCGCCAGCGGAAGGCGUUCCUUCUCGGCCAGCCGAGCCCGGACUUUGGGGGCGGUAAAGGGGAGACGACGCACACGGGCCGCCCUGGGACGCAGGAGGUUAGCGAUGCGGGCGGGGAGGAUGGGCUUAGGGCUAUGGGGUUGAUGCCGUGGGAGGAUAAGGAGGGGAGGAGUCCGACGGAGAAGGCGCUGGUUGGGAUGGCGAAUGCGAUUCUGUUUCCUGAGAGCUAUGAUAUGGUUUGA